AUGGCGGCGGCGGCGGGCCCGGCGCAGCUGCCGGCGGUAUGCAACAGGCGGCUGGCGGAGUUCCUGCGGCAGGUGGACGAGACCGACCUAGUGUGGCUGAAGGAGAUCCGUGAGGAGGCGGCCAGGAUGUUCAGCAGCCACUACAGCGACGAGCCGGAGCUGAUGCCCAAGACGCCGUCGCAGAAGAACCGGCAGCGGAGGAAGCGCCUUUCCGCCCUGCAGGAGGAGAACCAGGAGCCGAGCAGGAAGAGGUUAUCUAGAAGGAGGAAUAGCAGUGUCAAGGUGGUACCCUCCAUACGAUACUCUCAAAGACUCCGGAAUAAAGAAAACCUGGAACUAAUCAGGGCUGAGGCCAAAGAAAUCUGUCCACCUCAACGUGUGACAAGAUCCCAGGCUGCAACAUCUGCUAAAAGCUCCCAGGUCCUUCCUGAGACCCCUCCUGUCCAGCAAGUAGAAGGGAAGGUUCCCUUAGUAGAAGCUGAUGUCAGUGAUCACAUUAUCACUGAGCUACACGUCCAGAAGAGUGCAUCUAAAGCAGCAGAGAAGCUCUCCAUGACCUUUGUCUUGAGCUCAGAUGAUGGUUCUCCCAGGGAAAGCAGUGUUGCCAAAUCACUGCCUGUGCCCACAGCCUUUGAGCUGAUGAUCCCUCAUACCCCCGAGGCAAACGAUGCCGGAGAAAGCGAGGCUAUGUCCCAGCUGAAGACAGCAAAGGCAGCUAAUACUACAGUUGUUUUAAGUGAAGGGCCUAGGCUGGAGGAGGUAGAUGACUCUGCUGAGGUACAAGAGGGGUCUGAUAAGGAGCUUUCCCAGCACAUAAGGGAUAGCCCAGGGACUCCGACAGGCUCCAGGCUGAGCCGUCGCUCAGUGCGCAGGAGUCUGAUGGGUAAAACUUCCAUGACUCACAGAACCUCCCUGGCAGAGAAAUACUCACUAGCCAGCAAGAGGGAAAGUAUGAUGCGGAAAUCUGUCGCCAGGGGAAUGGUCAAGAGGAAGGCAGCUCAGAAGUCAUCUGUGUCCUCCAGUCGCAUGGAUGUCUCCAGCUCUGGAGAGGCACCAGAGGAUGAAGAAACAGUUGUCAAAACUGGGCCUCCUCCUGGACCUUGUACCCCCUCCAAGUUGAGUCCUCAAAGUCCACAAAUGUCCCUUCGCUCUCGAACUAUCAGCAGAAAUGAACAGCUGCAGGAGACGAGCAACAACGAAAGCAACUUAAAUAAGAAUGGGGAGACCCAGGAACCACCCCAGAGUGCCAGGAGAAAGCCAAGUUACAAAAGAGCUGUGGAUGAACGCUAUGACAAUCAGCAGGCAGAAGAUGGAGGGCUUUCUCCUCCAAGAAGAAAAACCCCGUCCCCUACCUUUCCAGCCAGCAAAGUUGUACGUCCUUUCAAAACGUUUUUGCACACUGUGCAGAAGAACCAGCUCCUCAUGACGCCAAGCUCUGUGGGGAGAAAUGGAGUAAUAAAAUCUUUUAUCAGGUACAACACUCCUCUCCAAUCUAAUCCCAAGGAAAAGGAGAGACAGAAGCUAGAGACUCUGAGAAAAAAGCAAGAAGCUGAGCAGCUGAGAAAACAAAAACUGGAGGAAGAAAAGAAACGGCGACUAGAAGAGGCAAGGCUGAAGCGUGAGGAGCGCCUGCGCAAAGUGUUGCAAGCUCGGGAACGGGCAGAACAAAUAGAGGAAGAGAGGAAAAGGCGCAUUGAGCAGAAGAUAGCUCUGUUUGAUGAGAAGACUGAGAAGGUGCGGGAAGAAAGGUUGGCAGAAGAGAAGAUGAAAAAGAAAGCAGCUGCCAAGAAAAUGGAAGAAGCAGAGGCCCGGCGCAGGCAUGAUGAAGAGGCCAGAAAACAAAAAGCACUGCAGCAGGAGGAGGAGGAACGUCGGCACAAAGAGCUAAUGCAGAAGAGGAAGGAAGAGGAGCAGGAACGUGCCAGGAAGAUUGCUGAGCAGAGACAGGCAGAACAGGAGAGAGAGAAACAACUGGCUGUAGAGAGAGAGAUGGAGAAGAAGAAGGAACAGGAGAGGAUCCAGGCAGAAAAGCUACAUGAACAGCAGGAGAAAGCUGCUCGCCUGCAAAAGGAAGUGUUGUCUGCUAAAGAACAGCUCCACAAAGAGACAGAAAAGAAAGAAAAUUCACCUGCCUGCAAUUCAUACCAGAUGACUCCACAGGCCCAGAAAGAUUCAAAGGCCCCCACGGUAAAUCCAAACAACUAUGGAAUGGAUCUGAAUAGCGAUGACUCUACUGAUGACGAAAGCCAGCCUCGCAAGCCCAUCCCUGCCUGGGCCACUGGGAAUCAGCUUAGCCAAGCUGUAAUCCGCCAGUACUACAACCCUCCCAAUGUUGAUGCACUCUUUGGGGUGAUUGCAAGCCCCAAGCUGGAGGACAUCUUUUACAAAAGCAAACCACGCUACUUCAAGCGCACAAGCUCUGCUGUGUGGAGUUCCCCACCAUUUCCAGGUGCCAAAUCGGUUCUAGGUCUGCCAUACAGCCUGAAAAAGUACUGACUUGGGCAGUGGCUGUUUCUUGUGGACCGGUGGGUAUGUAUUUCUGUCUCUCUAGGUGAGAAAAGAGUUACUGUUCAGUAUCUGUAAAUCUUUAGGUAUUAGCAUUGAAUAAAUGUCAGCUCUUACUGGGCCUCUUGCAUUUUCAGUUUUCGGGGCUUAUUUUCUCACUGUUAGGCAAAACGGCAAGCUUUUGGGAGAUACUGCCUUGGAAAGAUGCAUCUCCUUUUUACCCUUAGCUUUACGCUGGCAAAGAUUUAGACCUUUAGGUCAUGAUAGUGCAUCACCUAAGCUGUGUGAUCCUGUCCUGUUCAGCAAAGCAGGCCUGGUAGUAGCUGCCAGCAGUAGACAAAAAUUGUAUGUCUGUACUGUCCCUGCCCACCUCAUGGCUGAAGCCAGAGUACUUGUACAGCUAAGGACCACUGCGCGCAUCUUGGGUAAAAUCCACAUAUGCACUACUGAUGUUCUGCAGAAGCAAGGUUUUAGCAGCUGUCGUCUUCAUCUCCUGCAAAUUGCAAAAUUAUUUCAUUUUUUCAUUUUUCAGCAAUACACUUUAUGCCAACACCAAGUGCAAUUAUGUGCCUACGCUAGAUUGAUGCCAAUGUUACUACAGCUCAGGCUGAAAUACCCAGAGGAUUUUAUUGCCCUUCCUUCAGCUGUUGAAGAGAGAUGUGACCCUCAGUGUAAUUAUGUCUCCAGGAAUACCCAGAGUAGUGUAAGCAGGCUUUGUUGAUCCUAGGCUUUGUUGUUCUAGGCUUUGUUAAGAGAAAUUGUACAAAGGUUCUGAUAGAAUUUUGUUUCUCUAAUUUAAAUUCCAUGUCUGUGGCAUAGAUUGGAUUGAAAGAAUGAGUUUAACCUAUCUUUCUCUUUUCUCCCCUUGCGUCUUUCAUUUGUUCAGCAUCGGUUUUAUUUCUAGGCCUGUUUUGCACUUCAUGUUCAAUCAGACAGUGUCAAAUGGACUGUUAUCAAGACAAUUUCCUCCUAACAGCAAAAUAUCAGCUCAGAAUUUCAGUUCCAAGAGCACUUGGUGUUUUAGUCAUUCUUUCUACACCUAACUUGCAAAUGGCACAGGCACUUGUGUUUUCUCUGCAACAAGCUCCUGUACAGAGAGUAAAGGUCUCAGUAGAAGAGUGCUUACUGGAAGAUUUUAAGGGAAACAGUUACAUUCGUCUCUGUAGGUUGUUGUGGAAGUCUGUCUUCUACGAAUUAGGCAACCUAUAUGGUUCUUACCUCAGAUUCAUCUUGUGGCUUGAUUUGUUUUAAAGAUGGGUGAGCAUUCAUGGCUGCAAUUUCAGUAAGCAAAAGGCUGAAGAACACUGUUUCUCCUUAGAUACAACUCGGUCCUUUAAACAAAACACUGUACGGAGAUUAUACAAUGUGUAAGGAGACUUCUACCUUGUGCAUAUAAUUAAUGAACUGUUUGCAAGCAAAUGUCUUUAAAGUGAUGUGGGGUUUUAUAUUUAAAUACAUCAACUGCUAGAUGCUACGCUAUUGAUCAGUGUUUAUAUCUGUGAGAUGAUUGUACUUCGAUAGAAGCUCUGUAGAUUGAAUUUUGUAUCUUAGAAUGAACAUAACCUUUUUGUAAGAAA